AUGGAACAAACCCGAGCAAUCAAUGCGCUGGCGCCCUUCCUCGCUUUGUCAAAGUCGGCCACUUCAGCUCGUGCAGCUGCUGAUCUGGUCACCCAAGCUACCUCAGCUGCUCAUACAUAUGUCUUCGGCGAGCUCCUCCAGACACCAAACAUGCAGAAUUUACGCAACGAUGCUCAAUACCGCAACUACUACACACUGCUUGAACUGUUCGCCUGGGGAACAUGGGCUGAAUACCAAGCUCUCGCAUCAACACUGCCCCCACUAUCUCCAGCUCAAGAACACAAGUUACGCCUACUCACCCUCCUCACCCUCGCCGCAAACACCACAAACAACAACCCACUCACAUACACAAACCUCCAAUCUGCACUGUCGCUGGACUCGCCACUGGCCCUCGAACGCCUGGUCACAGACGCCAUCUACGCCGACUUGCUCACCGCCACCCUGAACCCCGCACAAGGCAUCGUCGCCAUCAGCAGUGUAGCCGCCCUUCGCGACCUCAAUCCCGGCAGUGUGACACGUAUGAUGGCUUCGCUGGAUGCUUGGAGCGGUAGAUGCGAUGAUGUGCUCAAAGAGCUGGAAGCACAGAUGAAGAGUGUCAUGGAAGCUGCAGAGAGAAGAACAAACGAGGAAGCUAUGCGUGCCGAGCAGGUGCACAGGGCUGAAGCUGCUGGAAAGAAGAGUGAU